GCACAGUCAGCCUGCAUGCCCCUCCCCUUAAAGAAAGAUUGAAAUCGUCAGCUUCGUGCACGCCGAGGCUACCGACUUCGUGACCCACCCUCGCCGCCUACUGGCAGGAUGUUGCUCGCAGCCCGUCUAGCCUCAUCCUUUGCGCUCAUCUUCACCCUUUCCCUCAUCGCGUCUGGUGCGCCUGCCAACUCGCGCACGGUUGUGCAUGAAUCGCGUAACCAUGUACCCCGCGGAUGGAACGCCAUCCGGCGCGCAGACCCUGGCUUGAUCCUCCCGUUCAGGAUUGGCCUCGCCCAGCCAAACAUCGAGAAUAUCGAGGCGUAUCUCCUCGACGUCUCCCACCCGUCCUCACCCAACUACGGAAAGCACUGGGCCCCAGGUCGCAUCGCCGAGACGUUCCGUCCCUCGCGCGAGUCGAUCGACACCGUCCGUGCGUGGCUCGCUGAGGCUGGAGGGCUCGACGCCGCACGCGUGAACCUCAGCGCUGGCGGCGGGUGGCUUCAAGCGGACCUAACAGUUGAAGAGGCGGAGCGUCUGCUUGAGACGGAGUACCAUGUGUACCAGUUCGAGGGCGACGAGGAGCGCACGCACGUCGCGUGCCACGAGAAGUACCACCUCCCGGAGGACGUCGCGAAGCACGUCGAGAUCGUGACGCCGACGCUGCACUUCGACGUCAAACCAAAGAGCAAGCCGGUCCAGCUGGAGAAGAGGGACGCGCCGUCGAGCGGGAGCGCGGCCGCCCAUGCUGUUGGCCAGCCUGGCUUUGGUGCAUCCUUCCCGAAGACUUCUGGCACUAUCCAGCCCGUGGUAGACCCGGCGCUUGCUUAUUGCGAUGAGCAAAUCGUCCCCGACUGUCUGCGUGUCUUAUAUAGUUUCGACUACACGCCUGUCGCUCCUGAGCGCAAUUCAAUCGCGAUUGUGGAAUACACUCCUGAAGCCUAUGUCGCGACUGACCUCGAUAUGUUCUUCGCCAACUACUCGCCCGCUCAGAUCGGCGAGCGGCCUGUACUCAACAGCAUCGACGGUGGCUUUGUGCAGACCAAUCAGACUGGCUUCGACUACAACGGUGAAUCCAACCUGGAUCUGCAAUAUGCGAUGACGCUCGUGGGCCGUACACAGCCCGUUCAGCUUUACCAAGCAGGCGACGACGUUGAGGGUGCCUCGUUCAAUAACUUACUUGAUGCGCUCGACGGAUCGUACUGCUACUUUGAGGGCGGCGACAACCCCGAAUACGACUCGAUCUAUCCGGAUCCAUAUGGUGGAUAUGAGGGCCCAGAGUCCUGCGGGACCGUCACUCCGGCCUAUGUCAUGUCCACUUCGUACUCGUACAACGAAGCCGACCUGACUCCGGCGUACGAGGAGAGGCAAUGUGCCGAGUACGCCAAGUUGGGCCUGAUGGGAGUAACUGUCCUGUAUUCCUCGGGUGACUACGGCGUCGCAGGCAAUGACGGCGUCUGCCUGUACCCUAACGGAACACAAGCAGACGGUGCACCAGAUUUCAACCCGAGCUUCCCAGGAACGUGCCCAUACAUCACUAGCGUCGGGGCGACCCAAGUGAACCCGAACUCGACGGUAUAUGAACCAGAGAGCGCAUGCGAGCAAGUCAUCUACUCCGGUGGCGGGUUCUCGAAUGUCUUCCCCAUGCCGUCGUAUCAGAAGACAGCUGUGGAGUACUACCUGACGAACUACCCGCCUCCCUAUGCGCCGACUCUCUACAACAGCUCUGGAACGAGCCGUGGCUUCCCUGACAUCGCUGCGAAUGGAGCGAACUACGUCGUCGCCAUCGACGGCGAAUUCUGGCUAGUCUACGGAACCUCAUGUUCCUCCCCGGUCUCCGCCGCCAUCUUCUCUGGGAUCAACGACGCUCGACUCGCUGUCGGUAAGGGACCAAUCGGGUUCAUCAACCCUACCAUCUACACUCCGGCCUUCAUGGCUGCGUUCAACGACAUCACCACUGGGUCAAACCAAGGAUGUGACACUGAAGGUUUCUACGCUCAGCCAGGCUGGGACCCCGUCACUGGCGUCGGAACACCGAACUUCAGCAAGCUGGUGGAGCUUUGGCUCGAUCUGCCUUGAGCAGCAGUGCCCCUUCAAGAUAAUCCCAGCGAUCGCGUUCGUCUGUCCCGUCGGUAUCGUUGUAAUAGUUUGUUGGCUGUCCGCUAUGGUAUAGACUGCUACACGGACCAAUCAGCAUUGCUGCCAGGAACGUAC